GCGUUUGUGGGAGCUAACACCAAGACAAACUCACUGCAUGUCUGCAUACUUGGCUAAGAAGCAGAUUCUGAUCUUAUCUAUCCAUCUAUAUUAAGGUCGACCCACUAAAAAUAUGUCUCUACUCCCCUUUAAGCCAGCGAGUGUUGUGUCGGGGACCGUCUGCUCUACAGUCUGGUCCAGCUAACAUUAGCUGUCGGACCUGCUUGUCUCAGGAGCAGCUGGACGGAUUUCACGGGCAACAAUGUUUUCUUUUUAGAUCAGACAACGUUAUAACGAAACGCUGGAUGGUAACCAGAAAGAUAUUUAAGUCUAACGGGGAACCGCCAAUGCAAAGAAAGAGGAUCCAUGGCAAAGUGGCUGAAGGACUACCUAAACUUUGGCAACAGGCGUGACCCUCCACAGCCCCCCAGGCCAGAUUACAGCGAGAGUGAAAUUUUGAGGGCCUACAGAGCUCAGAAAGAGCUGGAUUUUGAGGACCCGUACCAGUGCUCUGAUAAGGAGCUCCACAAUGGUGGUUUCAGCUCCUGUAGUGCAACAGUGAGCCUCCCCUCAUUCCCUGCAUUUGGUUCAGGGCUGCCUAAUGGUGUGGAGGUUAAAUUGGUGUCCCCCAAACACAGACUAAUUAAAGUGGAUUCUCAGGAGUUUGGUCGCUGUAAAGUCCCCCUUAGUCCUGUGACUAUUCAAGAGGAACCUGUGGUUCCCUCUGCCCCAGCAGCGUCAGACGCUGAUACAGAUUACUCUGACCCAUUUGAUGCCCGUCCAGACCCAAGACCACGACCAAACUGGGAGCCCAAAGCUGCACCAACAGACUGCUGCAGCUACAUGGAGCCAUUUGAGGCUCAACGGAUCAUUUCAGAAAUGCAACACAGAGUGAUUACGAACAGGUCUGGGAGUGGAGAUGGUGCCCAGUUAUAUGAUAACCCAUACGAGGAGAGGACUCGUCACCACAUCCGAGCUGCUCCAACAGCACAGCAGCAACCCCAGAGGGUCGAGGGUGGUCUUCUCCUGGUAGACAGCAGGGAGAGCAGGCUGCCUCAGGAUGACGAGAGGCCAGCUGAUGAAUAUGACCAGCCCUGGGAGUGGAAGAAGGACAACAUCUCUAAAGCUCUAGCAGUUCAGUUCGAAGGGGCAGAAAGGGAGCGUUCACGGGCUCAGACAGAACAAACCAGGCUUCCCAAGACGGGCACUACAUCUACCACAGCAGACUCGACUACACUCCGUCUGGUUGGUGACACGCCUUCUCUCUUGGGAGAGAGAGUGGAUCCAUUUCUGCCACUAGAGAGCCAAGUAUGGUACCAUGGAUCUCUGAGCCGUUCAGAGGCAGAGACUCUGCUGACUCUGUGCAAGGAGAACUCCUACCUGGUGAGGAACAGCCAGUCCUGCCGGAACGACUACUCGCUCUCACUCAGGAGUUGCAAGGGCUUCAUGCAUAUGAAGUUCACUCAGUCUGCAGACGGGCGCUACGUGCUCGGGGAGAACAGCCCUCCCUUCUCAACCAUCCCCGAGGUCAUCCACUACUACACCACACACAAGCUGCCAAUCAGAGGAGCUGAGCACAUGUCCCUACUGUAUCCCGUCAUAGUGCAGACCCUCUGACACUGACACACACACACAAACAUAACACUCUUUCUCUUGGUGCUACUGAAUACAAUAUAUACUCAUAUUUGCCCCUUUCAUACAUGCCUUUCCACUGCCAUCUUAACCUUCACUGCUCACAUGAGAUUGGACUGUUUGGUGCCAUCUUUUCCUUUUGCCGUUUACCAUAACCCCAAUAGCUACACUGGCAGCUAAAUAAGACAGCUCAGUGCCUCGUGAACCUAUGCCUGUGAACUGGUUUUGCCACUGACAUCCCUGUUUUAAUAUCAUACUUUUAGGUCGAAGAUAAAAACCGAAACUUUAGUCUUGAGGUGUCUUGAGACGGUAGAAUCUACAGAACAUUGCAUGGAGAUUGGCUCUCAUACUGCUGUGCAGAGAUGGACUGUGCUAUCUGCUCAUUUUUAAAGGAUAAUACAGGUGUUUUCUUUUAAGUUUGUGCCAAUCAUCUAGAUUGACUGUUUCAGCCAAGGCAACAGUUUUUUUUUUUUCAUGUGAAUUUUUAAAAUGACAGAAAUCAAACAAACAGGACAAUGGAGGUGGAGUGCGGAGAGUUAAAAUAGAUGUAGACACUAGAAGGUGCAGUAGAAAAUGUGCUGUAACUACAAACAACACUGUUAUUAUCCUUUAAGUGUUAGUUACCAAUACCAAUCACACACUACAUUUUUAAACCAUAGCUGUGUGUUAGCACUGGGUUUCUCUGUGCGUUUCAGAGGCCUGUGAAUGUUAUACGAUGCUGUAGCUGCUUGCCUGCAGUGCUCUCCUCAGUUCAUCAUGUUAUGUGUGAACACAAACUGACAAGACAGACAUGACUUGUUAACUUCACAUGAUAACAGACUCCUGCAAUACUAGUUUCUAGAAUAAAAACUGCAGUAUUAUAUUGAAAGCUUGUGGCUUUGUGAUCAUGACUAUUAAAAAGAAGAAAAAAAAAAAAGCUUUGGUAGAUUAUUUACUGUGCUGUUUUAUAAGAUUUAAAAUGUGUUGAAAAUAAAGGUGUUGUCUGUUUUUAAA